GGCCCAACGCUGAAUCCUGAUAGACUAUUUUCGCUGUUUUGACGGUUUGUGUGAUUGACGUUGUUGAACUUCGGAGCAGGACCCCGUUUCACUUCUUUACUGAUAAAAGUUGGACAGCUUACGUCGCGGUUUUCAGCAGGAUCUGCGUAGGGAAGAAUCUCCCACCCCGCCAUACCUUUUCACUCCCUGGAUAUGCGCAGGACGUGUUAGAACGCGAAGUUUGCCCAGGCGUUGGCUUUUUGCUUGAGACACUACUGUCAGCUUUCAUUUUGUCAACUUUCGUGAGUGCCGCCAUUCUGUGUCAUAUGUAAUCUGGGGAGCGUAAUUGCAUCCGUGUUGUGACUCCCGUUGACCGUCAUGUCCCUGUCUUCCGUCGCCUCCUCGGAUAUCCCGGGCGUCCUGGAGCACGAUCCCGCCUUGUGCAACAUCAAGGUGGUGUGUCGCAUCCGGCCCCUCAACGACGCUGAAGAACGCACGGGGUCACAGUUCGUUAUCAAGAACAUUACGGAUGAUGCGCUCAUGUGUGGGGGCAAACCGUUUAAUUUCGACCGGGUAUUUCACCCGAAAAGCGCCCAGGCAAAAGUAUACGCGGAAACUGCCAGGCAGAUUGUUGUUGAUGUGCUUUCCGGUUACAAUGGGACGAUUUUCGCGUACGGACAGACGUCCAGUGGGAAGACGCAUACGAUGGAGGGUGUUUUGGGGGAUCCGGAUAAUCAGGGAAUUAUUCCCCGAAUUGUCCAGGAUAUAUUCAGUCACAUCUACAGCAUGGAUGAGAAUUUGGAAUUCCACAUCAAGGUCUCAUAUUUCGAAAUAUAUAUGGACAAGAUCAGGGAUUUGUUAGAUGUAUCCAAAAGUAAUUUGGUCGUCCACGAAGAUAAAAACCGUGUUCCUUACGUGAAGGGUGUGACGGAACGUUUUGUCUCUAGUCCCGAGGAAGUGAUGGAUGUGAUAGAUGAGGGCAAGGAGAAUCGGCAUGUAUCCGUGACGAACAUGAACGAGCACAGCUCACGUAGUCACUCUGUCUUCCUCAUUGAUGUCCGCCAGGAGAAUUUGAAGACGCAGAAAAAGCUUAGCGGCAAGCUCUACCUGGUAGAUCUAGCGGGCAGCGAAAAGGUCAGCAAGACGGGAGCUGAAGGCAGUACUCUGGACGAAGCCAAAAACAUCAACAAAUCCCUUUCGGCCCUCGGCAACGUUAUCGCCGCUUUAGCGGAAGGCACGAAGUCGCACGUUCCUUAUCGAGAUUCCAAGUUAACUCGUAUUCUGCAAGAAUCUCUCGGUGGUAACGCACGUACUACCAUUAUCACCUGCGUUUCUCCGGCCAGCUACAACGAAUCGGAAACGAAAUCCACGUUACUUUUUGGUCAACGUGCGAAGACCAUCAAGAACACAGUUGUGGUUAACGAGGAGUUGACGGCAGAGGAAUGGCGCCGAUUAUACGAGAAAGAGCGCGACAAGGCCAGCAAGCUCCGCUUGUACGUCAGCAAACUAGAGACGGAGCUGAAUCGGUGGCGAGCGGGCGAGAAGGUGGGCAAGGAAGAGCAGCUGUCCCUUGGGCAGCUGGCGGCGUUGAUGAGUGCCUCCACCACGUCGCUGCCGGAAGUGGCCAGCACGCCGCCCAGCCAAACUGCUUCGCUGCCGUCGCUGGAGAACGCCGCUAAGUUGGCCGAGAAGGGCACAGCCGAGGCGCAGAAAGAGGUCACCGCGAAGGACAAAGACGCCUUCGAAAAAGAGCGCGCCGAUCUGUACCGCCAGCUAGAUGAGAAGGACGAUGAGCUAUCCGCGCAAUCGGAGAACCUGAACAUGUUAAAGGAGCAGUUGCUGGAGAAGCAACAAGAACUGCUGCGACUGCGACGCGACAUGGAUGUGCAGCAAAUGGAUCUGUUGCGCGUAAACAAGGAGAACGAUCUAUCCAAGAGCGAACUGAAGGAAGUCAUGCAGGCGUUGGAGGAGUUGUAUUUGUCCUUCGACCAGAAGAAGACGGAGGUAGAAUCCAAGAUCGCCGAGGUUGAUCAACUCUCGGAAGAAAACAGUAAAAACCGGAACUCUCUGGCGCAAGCCCAGCUAGAACUGCAGCAGGCGCAUGAGAUCUCCCAGAUUCAGAAGCGACGCACCGUGGAAAUGUUGUCUAACAUGUCGACGGAGAUGGCCGACAUUAGUAGCAUCCUGGCCAGCUGCUCCGUCGGCAGCUCGUUCAAGAUGCCCAUACCACAACCACUGGAUAUGGCCGUUAAAAACGAGAAACUAGACGAGGAGUUCAUGGUCACCAAGCUGUCCAUGUCGCGACUGAAGAGCGACAUUCGCAACCUGGUGCAGAAACUGGGACAAGUGGAAAGCAGCAACGCGGACAGUGCGAAGAAACUGGAGGAUCUGGAAAAGGAGCUGAGUGAGACGUCGCUGCGACUGGGCCAGUCGGAUGCCAAGUUGAAAUCGGUACAAGAGUCACUGCGUGUUAAUGAGGAUAAGAAAUUCCAGUUGGAGCAGCAGUUGGAUGGUCUUAACGAGGAACUCACCCGGCUGCAGGCGCAAGAACAACUGAAGACGCACCAGUCAGCCGACCAUCAGGCCUCGGCGGUGGAGAUGCAGGUGCGUGAAGCGGAACUAAAGAAGGCCGUCGACGCGCAGAUGCAACUGCAGCGAGAGCAGCAUCACAAGCAGGUUACCGCGCUACGCGAAGAGAUACACCAGAAGGAGGCCGCGCUGGAGCAACUGCGAGAUGCAAAUGAGAAGACCGCUCUGGCCAAGGAGCAGCUGCAGAAGGAAUUCGAUAAACUCAAGACAGAGGAAGCGGAAAAGAGCGCCAGGCUGCAGGAGUUCAUCAAUCAGAGGGAUUUGACGGAGCAGGCCAAACAGGAUCUGAAGGGCAUGGAGGAAGCAGUAACAAAGGAGCUUCAACAGUUGUACAAUCUGCGCCGUUUGUUCGUGGAUGAACUUCAAAAUCGCAUGAAGAAGAGCCAACUGCAGCAGGCUCAGCAGCUGCUCAAUCAGCAACAACAGCAGCAAAACAAGGAAAACCAGCCCAAGAACGUUCUGGCCGAACUGGAAGAAGACGAACUGGAGGCCGGCGGCAGUCUUGCGCAGCGCCAGAAAGUAGCCUUCCUUGAGAACAACCUCGAACAGCUGACGCGCAUCCACAAACAGCUGGUGCGCGAUAAUGCCGAUCUGCGCUGCGAGAUACCCAAAUUGGAGAAGCGGAUGCGCAGCACAAUGGAGCGCGUCAAAACACUGGAGACAGCGCUGAAGGAGGCCCGGGAGGUGGCCGUCAAGGACCGACAGCGAUACAUGUACGAGGUGGAGCGCAUCAAGGAGGCCGUGCGACAAAAGAACAUUCAACGUCGUGCACAUCAACCCCAAAUCGCCAAAGCCAUACGUGGCGGUGGACAGGCUCCCUCUGCGUCGGGUGCAAUGGCUCCCAUCUCAAGCAACUCCCCUCUGAUGGGAGGCAUGGGCUCCUCUUCCUCCAUGGGCAUCCCCUCGGACGCCGUGCCGAAGAUGUCCAAGAUGUCGGACGCCGAAAUCGCCGCCGGUCUGAAGAACCGCGGGCCUGUGCAGCCCUCGUCCUCCUCGGGCUCCCUCAAAAAUCAGGAGCGCACACCGCUCAUCCCCAAACAGGAGCCCCACAAGUAAGGGCGCAUCUGGGGGUGGGAGGGGCGGUCAUGUUGAUCUGAUCACGCAAAGUUGGCUUUAUUUAUGGCAGGCUAUUAUUUUGUCCGUUUAUGGUUCCUCGAAACCCAUCUUGUCUAUCUUAGCAGAUGGUGCUUUUUUCUACACGCUUUUUAAAUUUUAUCUGUAUUCAUGUCAGACCGUUUCUUGUCUGUUGAGCGUCAUCCGCGUUUUCUUAUUGGAUGCGUCUUUGUUUACUAUUGGUAUAUUAGUUUUCCGGGAUGUCAUCGGUGAGAUGAUGGCGCGCUGGUUGUUUUUCGCUGUGAUAGUGAUGUUUUCAUCAGCGGGCAGUAAAGUGGAUUUUAA